AUCGUCAGCGGACAUGACCCCGACAUGCUCGCACGUUGUUUCGGACACGUUUUCUGCACUUGCCUAUGCUCUUGCUAUAAACAUGGUCGAGAUGUAGACGUUCAGAUAAGAUAGUGGGAAGUUAUUUAAAAGGGUCAAGUCGUAGAACUGAACCUGGUUCAUUUCGUUACAGGUCACCACCACAUGUCAAUUACCGUACUUUUGGACUAAAAGUCGAAAUGUCUAAGUCAAUUAAUUUUGCGACAGUACUUGAUCAAAGUUCUUUCACGCCACUACUACCACAUAUCUUUCCAGGUUCAGGACACCAUGAAAGCACUGUUCACAAGUGGAGACGGAGGGUUUGAAAUCAACGAUAUUGCCUUACCAGAACCAGAUCCUGAUGAGAUUCUGGUCAAGGUUCAUUCUGUGAUGCAGAACCCUACUGAUUGCAUGAACCCUUGUUUCACCACCAUCUCAUGCAUUGUGUUUACACUUCUGCAUGGUAGGAAGGGGGUGCAAUCGGCGGCGUUGCAAUACCGUUGGCUGUGAUUGUUCGGGGACUGUCGUAGCACUCGGCGAAAAUGUGCCCCA